AUGUCAAGUUUACAGUUCACAUACAGAGCGACGCCUUCUCCCUGCCGGCCAACGGAGCGCUAUACUCAGCACACCUGCGACUGGUGUUGGUCGCACGGCAGCAGAGCACUGUUACGGAGUACAGCUAAUACAUUAUUAUUUCAUUACAUCUGGUGGCUAGCUGGGUGGUACUGUCACAGCUGCGCGUAUAGGACCGAGCGCGAAGCGGCUAGAUGGAUG